AUGUGCACUCAGCUCCUAACUCCGCCUAACAAAGCUCAAACUCUUCGCCACAGCCUCUACGGCAAUGGCGUAUUUCUUUGCAAAACUCCAUAUGGCGAGUCAAACGGACUUCUUGGCAUUAUUCAUCAUAAUGUUGAAGAACUCCAGGCGAAAUUGGACAAGAAUGAGUUGAAGACAGACUUGAUUGCGGAUGAGAGAGAAUUGGAGACAAAAGCUGCUGGAUCGAAAGCAAAACAUGGGAAAUCUUUGACUCAAUGGGAUGAUCAUCGCCGUGGAGAAUUCAAAAAGUACAUGCAAUACGUCAUCUCAAGUGGCUACCGAACCGACCAGCGGCUACUUCGCCAAGGUGCAAUUUGUUCUGUCUGCCAAAUGACAUACACAUUCAUCAUCAAAUUGGAAACUUUCGAUCAAGAUAUGCGCGAGCUCUGCCACCAACUUAACGUAGAUAAUAAAGAAACAUGCAAUUUCCUGAUCGAAGUUGAGCACGACUCGAAAUUGAACGAGCAGCUGAUGAGAAAUCAUCGAAAUCUCUUUGCCACAGCUUUUGAGGGAAUAGAUUUGGAAGUGAUAGAAGAAUUUAUCGAUAUUUACAGAUCGGAUUAUGAAAUGUUCAAAUAUCGCAUCCCAAAGAUCAAGCACUCAAAAGAGUAA